AUGAUUUUAACAACUUUCUUUCUCUGUUUUAUUUCCGUUCUCUUUGUUUACUCAUUCUUUUGUUUGUUUCUUUGUUUCUUUCUUUCUUUCCACAUUGUCCAAUCAUUUCUGUCUUUAUAUUUCUUUUUUCAUCGUUUAUUUUUUCAAGUCAGUUUCUGUCAAGUUCCAUUAUUUCUAUCUUACUUUUUAAAUUGUAUUAUCUAUUUUAUUCCUCCUUUUUUUUCUAUACUUCUUUUUUCUUUCAUUCUACGUGUUCUAUCUAUCUAUCUAUCUAUCUAUCUAUCUAUCUAUCUAUCUAUCUUAUUUUCUUAUGAAACAAUAUAUUUUCCAAUUUCACUUAACUUUUUUUUUCGUUCUUUCUUUUUUUUAAUUCUUUCAUUACUUCUUUUCUUCCUUCUUGUGAUACUUUCUAUUUAUUCCAGUUUCAAACGUAAAAUUGCUUCUUUCUUUCUCUCUUUUAUUAUUUUAUUACAAUCUAAAUUUUCUUGUUUUCUUAUUUUUCUCUCUCUUCAUUUUUCUUUCCCUUCUAAUUAUCUUUUGCGUUUUUUUUUCCAUCUCCGUUAUUUUCUUUCUUUAUAUUCGUUUUUUCUUAUUUAUUUAUUUUUUCAACGUUUUUCUUUUACUGUCUCUCUUACAUUAUUCUUUAAUCUCAAUCCUUUAUUCCUUCAUUUCGCUUCUUUUUCCUCCUUUUUUAUUACGUCCAUUUUAUUUUAUAUUUUUACUUAUUAUUAA